AUGUCUGAUCGUCCAAGUCCUCCGAAUGGUAAAAGCCCCACUGGCAAGCUCUACGCGAUUUCCGACAUUCACGUUGCUUUCGCUGCAAAUCGAGAGGCUUGGGCUAACUUGGCCCCGCAUCCUAAUGAUGGCCUGGUUUUAUGCGGAGAUAUCGGAGAGACAGUUGAGCAUCUCCAGUUGGCAUUUUCAACAGCUAAGAAACACUUCAAUACUAUAUGGUGGUGUCCUGGCAAUCACGAGCUGUACACGUUCGCCAAGGGGUCCAGCGGUGGUGUACGGGGAGUAAACAAGUAUCAGCAAUGUGUUGAGAUAGCGCGAUCCUAUGAUGUCCUUACACCCGAAGAUGAUUUCGUACUGUGGGAGGGACGAGGAGGACCAGCGGUGAUUGCACCAAUUUUCACCUUGUACGACUACUCGUUCAGACCAGAUGAUGUGACCUUGGAAAAUGCUGUCCUGUGGGCCAGGGAAAUGAACAUCGAGGCGACAGAUGAGUUCCUGCUUCAUCCAGACCCAUAUUCUAGUCGCCAGGAGUGGUGCAAGGCUCUUGUUCAGAAAUUCGAAAGAAAAUUAGAAGUCACGAAGAUUCAAUUUCCUGGAGUUCCUUUGGUCAUUGCCAACCACUGGCCGCUCAGAGAAGACCUGGUGAAUCUAAAGUUCAUUCCGCGGUUUUCAAUUUGGUGCGGUACAAAAUUGACAGAGGACUGGCAUCGAAGAUUUAAUGCCAAAGUGGUCAUUAGUGGUCAUCUCCAUAUUCGACGAACGGAUUGGAAAGAUGGCUGUCGAUUUGAAGAGGUUAGCCUCGGCUAUCCACAGCAGUGGAAGGAAUGUAUAGAAAUGGGUAUCGGGGUGAAUGAACUUCUUCGAGAGAUCUUACCAGGACCAGAACCUCCCAAAGAGAGUGAACAAGUGCCACCGCAGUGGAGAAGGUAUGGAUGA